GGUGUUAUCUUUCAUCCUGACUCCAGGGUCUUGGUGAUAGCGGUCAUUGCAGUCAGCAUGAUGAGGGUCUCAGUUCUGGUCGUGUUUGUCAUCCUGCUCAAUGCGUUAGUGUGUGAUGUUUUCAGUUCUCCAGUUAAAGGACAUUUUGCUGCCAAAGGACAGGGACACCAACAACAUGGUAACGUCAGUCCAACUAUUGUGCCACCUGAGACCACACCAGAACCUUCAGAUCAAGUGAGUGAAGGUGAUGUGGCUACUACUACAGCACACACUCCCUCGACUGAAACCACAUCAGAGCCUACAGGUCAAGUGAGUGAAGGUGAUGUGGCUGCUACCACAGCACACACUCCCUCGACUGAAACCACAGCAGAGCCUGCAGAUCAAGUGAGUGAAGGUGAUGUGGCUGCUACCACAGCACACACUCCCACGAAUGAAACCACACCAGAGCCUGCAGAUCAAGUGAGUGAGGGUGAUGUGGCUGCUACCACAGCACACGCUCCCUCGAAUGAAGCGACACCAGAGCCUACAGGUUUGCAGGAGAAUGCAGAUGAAAAUGACUCUGCUGGCCAAGGUGAAGGCGACGAGGAUUCUGAUGGCCAGUCUUCUGAGGAAGGUGACGACAAUGGUAGCCAAGGUGAUGAGGAUUCUCAGGAAGGUGAUGGAGAUGAGGAUUCUGAUGACCAGUCUUCUGAGGAAGGUGAUGACAAUGGUAGCCAAGGUGAUGAGCAUUCUCAGGAAGAAGACCACGCUAGCCAUAUUGAUGGGGAUGAGGAUUCUGGGGAAGGUGAUGACAACGGUAGCCAUGGUGAUGAGCAUUCUCAGGAAGAAGACCACGCUAGCCAUAUUGAUGGGGAUGAGGAUUCUGGGGAAGGUGACGACAACGGUAGCCAUGGUGAUGAGCAUUCUCAGGAAGAAGACCACGCUAGCCAUAUUGAUGGGGAUGAGGAUUCUGGGGAAGGUGGCGACAACGCUAGCCAUGGUGAUGGAGAUGACCAGGCUGACAGCACUGAGGAUUCUGAUGGCCCAUCUUCUAUGGAAGGUCACGUCAGUACAACCAUCAUGCCACUUGAGGAGGAUGCACCAGAACCUACAGGCUUCAGUACAACAAUCAUGCCACCUAAGACCACACCAGAACCUACAGGUGACGUCCGUACAACCAUUAUGCAACUUGAGGAGGAACCUUAGAAAUUCAUUCCCGUUUGCUUUGGAGUUGUUCAAAAGGUCAUGCAUGAAACGAAUAAAAACAUUAAAUCCA